CCCAAAUCCUAUAGUAUUAUCCUUAUCCUCUCUUCUCUUGUCUCUUUUAUUCUUCAAUCUCUUCUUCUCCUAACAGACCCAACCCUCGUCGAAUCGCUGUGCUUUGACGCUUAAUCUCAAUCGAGGAGGGGGCGAUGGGAUUGUUGAGUUCCUUGGUCUUUCCCGCCCUCGGCUUCUCUGACCUUUUAGUAUUUGUUGCGCCACUCUGGAUUGCUGUCGCUGCCGGGGUUUUGGUUGGUUGGUUUUGGAGACCCAAGUGGGCUUAUCUCGACACAAAACCCUUCUUAUCCGAUUCUUCACCUAAAUUCUUCAAGCUUCCCACUUCCAUCCUCAAGACCUCUUCUCACAGCCUUUCUUCUCCCCAGGCUGAUGAGAAAGAGAAAUCUGGGUUUGUUACGGACGAUGAUUUUAGGCAUCUAUGGAAGUUGGUUGAGGUCAAAGAUGGCGGCCCUGCUUGGAUUCAGAUGAUGGACCGAUCAACUCCUACCUUCUCAUAUCAAGCUUGGAGGCGAGAUCCUGAGAAUGGGCCUCCCCAGUACCGUAGCAGAACUGUGUUUGAGGAUGCCACUCCCGAGAUGGUGAGAGACUUCUUUUGGGAUGAUGAGUUCCGUUCCAAGUGGGAUGAUAUGCUUUUGUAUUCUUCUACUCUCGAGCGUUGCAAGAGCACGGGCACUAUGGUUGUGCAAUGGGUGCGCAAGUUCCCUUUCUUUUGUAGCGACAGGGAGUAUAUUAUAGGCCGUCGAAUAUGGGAUGCUGGCCGAGUCUUUUACUGCGUUACAAAGGGAGUACAAUACCCGUCUGUACCUAGACAAAACAAGCCAAGGCGAGUCGACUUAUACUAUUCAAGCUGGUGUAUCCGUGCAGUUGAAUCAAAAAGAGGCGAUGGUGAGAUGACAUCAUGUGAGGUACUACUAUUUCACCAUGAAGAUAUGGGAAUACCGUGGGAGAUUGCAAAGCUCGGGGUGAGACAGGGGAUGUGGGGUGCAGUGAAGAAAAUUGAGCCAGGCCUACGUGCAUAUCAGAGGGCCAAAGCAGCGGGAGCAGGUUUAUCCCCAAGUGCCAUAAUGGCUCACAUCAACACCAAAGUGAGUGCAGAGGAGUUCAUGAAUGAGAGGGAUUCGAUAGCAGAGAUUACUGGAGAGAAGCCGACAGGGAAAAACAUACCAAAGAUACUAGUGGUGGGAGGGGCGAUUGCCCUUGCAUGUACACUGGACAAAGGGCUGUUGACAAAGGCAGUGAUAUUCGGAGUAGCCAGAAGAUUUGCAAGAAUGGGGAAAAGGAUGUAGGAGAGUGUACAUGUAAGUAGACAGAGAGCGAAUGAGGGAAUGAGAGAGGUGAAAGCAGCUCUUGUUUUGCAAUUUGAAUGGUGAAAGGCUGUCUCUUUAGUCUUGUUAAUGCCGCGGAUAAAUACGAAUAUGAUCUUUGGAUAUCAAUGGAUUCUCAAA